GUACGAAGACUCGCCAAGAUUACCGUAGAGUUAAGCAGUUUUAAAGAAUCAGUUCGGUCGUUUUUGCUGGUGUCAAUUUUACGAGUCGCGACUCGCCAAAAGUACCAGCGACACAACGUCGUUCCUACUGAACAGUCGUUACGGUGCGGCGGAACGGUUAAAACUACCGGACUUUAUAACAGCAGAAACGACUGUGUUAUUUUUCCAUUGUAAUCCCGAGCCUUAGCUUACCGACCUCCCGAUAAAAACGGCGCUAUCCGUUCCUUCCGAUUUCCAGUAUACAGAAGGCGCGUCUUUAUCGUUUCCCUCCUGCACACGUCCCUCUCGCGCCGAUCGUAGCAUCGCGCGCAGAGUGUGACGGCCGCGACCUUCCUCCCUCCCGCGCUUUUUGAGACUACCGGUGCCUGCGCUCUGCUCGUCUCCUGUGUCCCACCUCUAUAAUACUGGUCGCGACGACACGGCCAACUCCUGUCAGUUCUGCACGAGCCGGCGAGCGCUUGCCAGGGCCGACUCGUAUCAUCAUCCACCUUCCUUACUUUCGCCAAGUACCAAGAGACGAGGAGAGCAAACUCGUAUUUCUCGAUCGAUUUUUCACGAUCGAUCGCCGCCGCGAGUAUCCUGGAUAGCUGCUGCUGUGAUCGAGCCCUCGGCGCCGCGUCACGCUCAUUGGCUACUGUGGAAUCUUAUUCUGUGAUUUUCCGAUUUGAAACAUGGAACUGAAUAUGUUGAGGCUAAAACAUAUAUUCCUAGUUAUUAGUUGCUUCCUACUACAGCUUCCUAAGGAUGCCGGAGUCUGGGGACACGGGCGACUAAUGGACCCGCCAGCGCGCAACAGCAUGUGGCGCUUUGGUUUCCCGAACCCUGUCAACUACAACGAUAACGAGCUUUUCUGCGGAGGGUAUGCAGUGCAAUGGGUCCAGAACGAGGGUAAGUGUGGUACGUGCGGUGACGCUCAUCACCUGUCGGAACCAAGGCCUCAUGAAGCCGGCGGAGAAUACGCCAAGGGAACGAUUGUCAGGCAUUAUCAAGUUGGACAGGAAAUCGACGUCGAAGUAGAACUCACGUCCAAUCAUCAAGGUUACUUUGAAAUGUACGUUUGUCCUAACAACAAUCCCGCUAAGGAAGCCUCGCAAGACUGUUUCGACCGGUACCCACUGUACUUGUCUGGAACCAAGGAUGUUAGAUUCGUAAUACCAUCGGACUCCGAAAAGAAGGCCAUUUUCCGUUACAAAGUAACGCUGCCACCUUACCUCACCUGUUCUCAAUGUGUUCUUCAAUGGACUUAUUAUACAGGAAAUAUGUGGGGAACUUGCGACAAUGGCACUGAAGCUGUCGGUUGCGGUAAGCCCGAGACUUUCAGAAACUGUGCGGACAUUAGUAUUAUUACGAGUGCAGCAGGCCUGCCGCCCAUAUUCGUACAGCAGGACAAUCCCUUCCUGCUCUACUACAGAGAUUACAACUCGCCCAAUAUUUUCCCUCUUAUCGUCAGAUCUCAAGUAUGUGUGCCAAACGAUCUCUACCGCCGUGUGCCAGGAAUGGAUUCGUGGUGUCAAACGAAUUGCUUGCGGUAUCCGCCAAACUGCCCUUCAUCUAUUUGCAACUGCCCAGAAGUUUGUGAACCUGUUGGAGAAGUUGCUGGCAAAGAAGGAGCGACAGAAUACUGCUUAGAUGAGUGUUUGGUCUACCCUAGCAAGUGCCCAGCUAAGCGAUGUCGGUGCUACUGAUUCCUAAACUAGAACUGACAAUAAACAACUCGAUGAAAGUUAUUAUGACGGUGCAAGUCCGUGAACCUUGUUAUAAAUUAUGUAUACGUUUGUUGACAAAUUUAAAAAUGAGUCUUUCAUCAAAUUGUUAAAAUUGCAAUAUAAAUGCGCACAUUAUGUAUAAUUUUUGCAAUAAUUGUGAUAGCUAAACUAAUACUUGCAAGAUCGAUAAAUUUUAUCAAAAUAAUAAAAGUUUAUUGACGUAA